UUUAAAAGAGAAGCUGGAGGAAUACAUGGUCCGUUUUGCCAAAGUGAGGAUUGUACGUACCAAGAAACGAGAAGGGCUCAUUCGGACCAGACUGUUAGGAGCCUCGCUGGCUAGAGGAGAAGUCUUGACAUUUCUGGAUUCCCAUUGCGAAGUCAACGUGAAUUGGCUGCCUCCCCUGCUUAACCAGAUUGCACUAAACCACAAAACCAUCGUGUGUCCUAUGAUCGAUGUCAUUGACCACAAUCAUUUUGGCUACGAGGCACAGGCAGGGGAUGCCAUGCGAGGAGCUUUUGACUGGGAAAUGUACUACAAAAGAAUCCCGAUUCCUCCUGAGCUCCAGAGAGCUGAUCCCAGCGACCCCUUUGAGUCUCCUGUGAUGGCUGGAGGUCUAUUUGCCGUUAACCGGAAGUGGUUUUGGGAGCUGGGAGGCUAUGAUCCAGGAUUAGAAAUAUGGGGAGGAGAGCAGUAUGAAAUCUCCUUUAAGGUGUGGAUGUGUGGAGGUGGCAUGUUCGAUGUUCCAUGCUCUAGAGUUGGGCAUAUCUACAGGAAGUAUGUCCCUUAUAAAGUUCCUUCUGGCACCAGCCUAGCACGUAACCUGAAGCGUGUGGCGGAGACAUGGAUGGAUGAGUUUGCAGAGUACAUUUACCAGCGACGGCCCGAGUACAGGCAUCUCUCGACUGGUGACAUCUCUGCCCAGAAGGAACUUCGCAAGCACCUGAAAUGUAAAGAUUUCAAGUGGUUCAUGGCUGCAGUGGCUUGGGAUGUCCCCAAAUAUUACCCACCUGUGGAGCCUCCACCUGCUGCCUGGGGGGAGAUUCGAAAUGUGGCAGCCAAUCUCUGUGUGGACAGCAAACAUGGAGCCACAGGGACUGAACUAAGGCUAGACAUUUGUGUGAAGGAUGGCUCAGAACGGACAUGGUCACAUGAACAGCUGUUCACCUUCGGCUGGAGAGAAGACAUCCGUCCCGGGGAGCCACUUCACACCAGGAAGUUCUGCUUCGAUGCCAUCUCACACAGUAGCCCUGUCACACUGUAUGACUGUCAUGGGAUGAAGGGGAACCAGCACUGGAGCUAUAGGAAGGUCGGAGUCACUGUGGGUCAUUUCAGAGAUUAAGACUGUCUUGAGCCUAUACUCAGUCUAGUGCAGACUUGUACUUUCCCUUCAGAGAAGUUGCUCUUUAAAAUCCAAUCUGUUUUAUUCCAAUUUAAUUUUGUAGUAAACUCUCUGGAGUGUGUUCUCAUUGAGCAUUCAGCUACUUGUGUCAAAUUUAAAUGGAAGUGGAUCUGAUCCAGCUCAGAGUGUGUCCAUGUUGAGUGUCUGAAAGGUGUUAUAUCAUUCUGGCAUUUGAAGCUUCUAGUGUCAUUUUAAGUGAGACACUGUUGAAAAUAUUUGCAUCUGACGUGACAGAAUGAAGAAAUGCUGCUCAAGAGUUAAACAUUACUAUUUUACUACAUUUUACAAGUGGCAGAAACGUCUACCUCAAAAAACCCCAAACCAACAUUAAAAGCACUGCUGUAAGCCUGAAGACAUCAAGAGUUUAUAAAUUAAAGAUAAGCAGCUUAGACACUACUUUGAUCUGCCAAGUUCUGCCCAUUUUGAGCAAUCACUAAAACAGGAGGUCAAGCUAGGAAAUGAGAGUGCCUCAUUUGGGGUAUAAAAAGUCCUGGUAAUGCUACCAGGUUUUUUAAAGAAUGAUUAAUCAGCAAGUUGUCUAGAUUAAACAUUUUGCUAAUAAACUCUAUUCCAUGCAGGGUAAGGACGUACAUUUCUGUGAUGAACUGAGUGCUUCUUCUCAUACAUCCUUUGAUUUUCUAAAACCACUGUGCCUUGUCCCCUACAUUGCUUAUUCUGUGACCUAGGUGGCAGGAAUUGGACCAUGCUAAGUAAGCCUCUGUAGUACUUUCUAGAUUAGAGUUAUUAGCAGGAAAAUAAUUUAGAAUUAUUAGAAGUAGCUUUGCCCCAAGUAUUUUGAGCACCUGCUUGUUAGCCUGUGCCGUUUUUUAACCAUAUUUCUGUUGCAAUCCGAGAUGUAUCACAGAAUUUUCCCAGAAUAUGUUCUCCUUCAGAUUUUACUCGUAGUGAAGUUAAAAGGUGUGAGCUGGCUAUUUAGAGGACAUAAAUAGUCGUGGCUGUAUUGCUGCAUAUAUGGCUUUAUAAUGUCAUUAUAAUCCCUUCUUGCUUCAGAACACUUCCAAUUUAUCUUUUUGAUUGCCCAAGCCAUACAAAAGAAGCUUUCAUACCCCUAGCACUUCAUUGGUGCCUAAUGUAGCUGGUUCAUAAGGAAAACGCAGAUCUGGAGCUGCCCUCUAUAUGGCUCAUCACCUUUGAUGCGGACAGAACGCAGCAGAUAACCCAAAGAAAUGACAUUUGAAGGGAAAAAAAAAAAUGCACGAUGUGAGAUCUAUUAAAUCCUCUGCACAGCUUCAUUUUUUAUUUCCAGAAAGUUGACAGGGCUCAUAUAAAAAUUCUCAACACAAGGCAGGCGUUUUCAUCUCAGCAAAAGGCACCACAACAUUUUGUGAUGAUGAAAGUACUGUCACAGUUCUAGCUGUAGUAAUAACCUGAUAGCAAGCUGAUCAGUUUGCAUGAGCACUUACUGCUGAACUAUGAAACUUCAAAUUAAAAAAAACCAAGUGUUGGAACAGUAAAAAUAUGCUCAUUAUUAUUAUUACUACUUAGGCUUAGUUUUAGUUUGGCUACCCACUAAGUACAUUUUGUUUCAUUGUAUUAGAUUUAAUGUAGAAAUUUUUGGUGGAGCAACUGUACCAAAAAAAAAAAACUGUUAUAAUGCUUACUUAGUUUUAAGAGCAUCCUGAAAAUAGGAUUUAUACUGUUCCCCAAAGACAAGAAAACUAUACAGCAAAAAGAUACUUCUAUCAGUUUAAUUGCAACGAUAGUAGAGCUCUUUACUGAGAGGACUGUAUGCAACAAAAAUUGCACUCUAAGUAAAUCAGAGUCAUAGACUGUGGUUCAGCAAGAAGUGCCUGCUUUUAGAAAACAAAGAGCAGAUCAGCAGCUGUGUUCUUUUCUCUGCAUCAUUUACAGAAGCUGUAGCUUUCUAAUGGUCAUGUGUCCAUCUUAUCAGUAAUUUUUUAAGAAAAGUGACUUAGGUCAGUAUCUUAUAAGAUGCUCAAUAGAAAGCAUUUCUUACUGUACUGUCAUAUCAUACUCUCAUAUACUGUCAUAUAAAACUAGAAGAUAAUAGUUUUUUUAAUAGCUUAAGCUACUUUCUCUUUUCAAGAUUAUUUGUAUCCUCAGGCUCUGAUUAAGUGUUUAAAAUUCUAGUAAGUCUAUGAUAGUGAGUAAUCAGUACUUUUAGGACCAGUUCAAACUUUGAGUCUGUAAUAAAACAGCGAAGUCUGCGUUUAAGAAAUCUCUGUAAAAAAUGAUGAACUAGACUGAGUCCAAAUAAUAUUGUGAACAACACUGUGGGUUAGAAAAAGGAAAUGAGUUUAAUAAUGGGGGAAACAAGCAUUGAUGCCAUAAUGGGGCUUUGAAAUCCAUUCUGGGAGCAAUGGGAAAAUGCUAAAAGUAGUAGAGAUAUUGGAGAAUAACAGCUUUCCAAGAGAAAGCCAUUUCCUUGACUGUGUUUAUGAUUUCUAAGCAUGUCAGAGCCAAAGAUCAACAGUGGAUACAGAUUUCCAUUCCUCCCAGUGAAGCAAUAUGCUGUUUUUUUCAGCAUAGUGUCACUCUGGAAUGAUAGGUAAUACAUUGGUUCUGAUAAAGUAUGAUUAAAUUUAUGUGCCCUAGUCUCAUCUGUAGAGCACAUGUAUUCAAGAGAGGGCUGAUUUAGUAGGUCUUUAAAAAAAUAAUGGUUAUAAUUGUACAAAAUCAAUUUCAUUAUACUAUAAUUCUACACUAAGCAUAGUGACUAUGAUAGAAGCUAGAGUGGCAACAUCAAAACCUGCGCCGAGAAUAGGGCCGUUUGUUCACACUCUCCUGACAGCUUCAGGGACAAACUGUAGAAGUUCACUCUUUACCCUGUGAGUUCAUAGAUUAUUCCUUCAGACAAUGAAAGACAUGUCAUUGUGAUAGUGGUUUUUAUCAUACGGACAUCUGUCCUACUGAAACUGCACUGGGGCUACUGACUAAUUUCAGAUAAACUACUGCAGCCACUGGCUGAUAAUGACUUCCAGUUGCUGUUGACCUUGGCCAUAGUUAUAGCAGUGACCUAGAAGAAAUGAACGGCUCUGUGUCUCAUUACCAAUCCCCUGAACUGUCGAGAACCAUUAUCUUAUGGAGAAGUUUCUCCUUCUGCAAACAGUAUUCAGACUUGCCUUUAUGCAGAAGAAAAAAAAAUCACUCUGCUCUUUUCAGAUGCUUGAAAAGUCUCCAGAAGGGUUCUUGUGGCUUGCUGUAAGGAGGAAUUUAUGUAUUUCCCUCAGAAAGUUCUUCUCUGGGGUGCAUGUAACUGUCACCCAUUGAAGUCCUCAGCCUGUUUUUAUUGAGUUCCAUAAGAACUGCAGGCUUUGACCUUAGGUCAGUGUAAGCUGGAGAUGAUAAAUUAAUAGGCCAUUAUACAUAGCUAAGGCAGCCAGAAGUUUUCCCACAGUAACUGUGUCCCUCUCCUUAAGAAAUGCUCUUCUCUCCUAAUAACCAGACCAGCUGAAAGAAGCACCAACAAUGCUUCAUUCAAGAAUUGUAUCCCCUGGAUUUUUCUGUAAGAAGACAGACCGUGGGCUCUUUUGUGAAGGCUGGCAUGUUUCUCGUAGCAUGCAUUUUGUACUGAAGCAGCUUCCUCUCUUCUUGUACCAGCUACUGUGUUAAAGCUUCUAGCAUUCCAGCCUCAGCUCCCCAGUAGCUUGGCUGAGCCCUUCCCAAGCUACAACAUGACACAAACCAGCUGUCCCCUUUCCACAGGGCACCACAGCAGGUGGGCAGCCAUGGUACCCCUCCUCACUCCUAGCCCAGUCAAGACUGCUCCAUCAGGCACCCACAGAGCGGCAGGAGGAGCUGACAAAGGGCUGAAGGGCACCUAACCACCCCACGGGUUCUUGGGAGCUCUGGUAGGGUCUCCUGCUAUACAGGAUAUGAUAGCCCUACGUGCACAUUGCCUGUGAUUGUAAGCUGCUCUCUGUACAGAGCAGAUUAGGGCCUAUGGUCUCCCUAUCCACACAAAACUGGUUCCUUUAAUUAGCCAUGCAGGCUUUGACCACAUCGCUCAGAAUUACUCUCUUGUGAGUGCAUGCAUUUAGGGUGAAGAGUUGGGGUGAAAGCCAGUUUUUUUGAAAGGCAGGUAGAGCACUAUCACCCUCCAGUAGAGCAUGGUGCUACAUUUUUGAAUUUGCUCUC